AUCACUCGCAGUGUCGAUCCUCGUCUAAUUGCUCUAAUCUCGCUGUCCCUUACCAUCCCUUUUUCCUCUUCGUCUCCGCCCGUCAUCAUCACAAGACAUGUCUGUCACACUGCAUACAACUCUCGGUGAUCUCAAGAUCGAAGUGUUCUGCGAAGCAACUCCGAAAGCUGCAGAAAACUUUCUCGCUCACUGUGCCGCAGGCACCUACAACGGCGUCAAGUUUCACCGCAACAUUGCCGGAUUCAUGGUCCAGACGGGCGAUCCCUCCGGAACAGGCAAGGGCGGUCAGAGCAUCUGGGGAAAACCAUUUCCCGAUGAGAUCAAAGCGACUCUCAAGGCAAGCCCCUUUAACGCACGCGGUAUCGUCGCGAUGGCCAACUCGGGGCCGGACACCAACAAGUCACAAUUCUUCAUCACCUAUACAAAGCAAUCUCAUCUUGAUGGGAAGUAUACCAUCUUCGGAAAAGUGAUUGACGGAGCAGACUCGACGCUCGACGCUAUCGAGCGCGAACAAGUUGACGGGAAAUACCGGCCAAUUAAAGACGUCCUCUUGAACGAUGUAACUAUCCACGCAAACCCCAUUGCUGACGCAACGCUGUUAAAAUAAACAAAUCGGGUUCACAAGUAAUUGUUAUCGUCUCACAUAGGAGGAGCACAGGACAGGACAGAAAGGGCCAAUUCAGGCAGACUGACACAAAGACGUGAAUGACAGAACUGGAGACUUGUUUUCUUACUCCGCCCACAGCGUCUAUCAUACCAAACAUCACGGAUUUCAAUGACAAGAGCCAAGAAGGGAUCGUCGAGAUUCACCUCUCCAAACGCCCAAUCACAGUGUUUUUGGUUGAUGAUGCUGUGUUAUGGCUGGCUGGCUGUCUCUUUCUGACAUCUUGUUAAAAUAAAAAUUAGAA